AUGCAAAAUAAUCGGGUGAGAGAUAAAACAAUAAGAAUACAAGAGGCCUCCAGUCCCUCAACUAACAAAAAGCCAGUUAUGAAUAACGAAAAUGUGCCAAGACAUUGUAUUAUUACACCCGAAAACCCACAAUGUAGUGGCGGCGAAGAGAGGCUUUUAUUGACUCAUAAUUUACAUAGCCAUAACUCUCUUUUUGUCUCCAGUGAUCGAACAUUUAGUAAGAAACAAUUAAACAGAAAUUUAGGUGAACAUUUUUUAUUCAAAGACGUGGAAUACUCGCAGAGAAUAAAAGGGUAUAGCGUCGCUCACGAAUCAGAUGUUAACUGUAUACUCGGAGAGAAAAACGUAUUGAUGUCACCAGAAAAUGAUUAUACUCUCAACCAUAAACAACGAUCGUGUAAUGAGAAAUAUAAGGAGAAAACGAGAUACGACUAUAGUUUAAAGAAUAAAAUAAAAAACAAUCAUAAUGAGAAUUACUUGACUUCUAGUGACAAACUUCAUGAGGACAAAUCAACAUACUGCCGUCCGGUUUUGAGUUAUUACAAUCAGCAGUUUAUAUAUAAAACGAUACAAAGAAAUGCGAGACUUAAAAACUUAGUCAAGAAGCUCUCCCUGGCGAGGCAGAGGGAAAAGGACAAAGUGAAUUGGAACAACUACAUCAAUGAUUUAAAAAAUAAACACAGAUUCAAUGAAGUAAGUAUUCUACUUGACGACGAUGAAAAUUUACCAUCUGACAUUAUUGACGAUUACUAUAAAACUACGUACUCCUGGGAGCAGUCUGGGUUUGGUAAAAAUUUAUCACAAGAAGCCCGCGACACAUCGCCAACGAAAAUGCUUCACGGGUGUUACCCAACAGCAUCUCAGGAAUCUAAAUAUUUGAAGUUAAACACAGAUAUAUUUUGCUAUCCGACUUCUUCACUGGGAAGGUUCAUUAUGCUUAGAAGGAACGAAGGAAUGGGGAACACGUUAAGAAGGAAUCAAGGUCAAAUUCAAAACAAUCAAUACAACAAAAUUUCAGGCAAAAAUAGAAGUUCAGGUACUUUAGAUAAAAGGCCAUGUUUAAACUCGCAAAAUGCUAGACACCAUAAUGAAAAAAACUUGAAGUCUUGCUUAGUUCAAGCAGAUAAUCAAUCUUGUCCACAAUUUAUUUCAAGAGAUAAAGGAACAAGUAGAAGAGGGGAUCUCGUCAAGGAAGUAUCGAUUGAAACGAGCAUCGAUCAUGAAUAUGAAUAUUUAAACAGCUUAAAUAAUAAAAAUAAAUCAUUAUUAAAUAUUGAACAUAAACUGGAAUGUCUUAUCGAGAACUUUAACAGUUUUAUCUCUCAAAUAAGAUCAUGCAAAGAACAAUGUCAUAAGUGUAAAUCAGUCUCCUGCAAGAAUAUUGGAAGAGAAUACAAAAUAACAAAAGUAACGGGAAAAGACCCUUCAGGUGUUAAAAGAAAAGAGAUCAUUGAAGUCUGUGAAGCAGCUAUCAAUAGCUCUGAGAGUUUCGUUACAACUUCCAAGUUGUCAGCAAACAGAGCUCGUUUUAAUAAAAUUAAUGAAAUCUUAAAAGAGGAUCUCUGCAAUGAGAAAGAUUCUAUGAAUGAGAAUAAAGUUAAUAACUCACGUUCCGUUCAAAUAUCUAUUGAAGUUCCAACGAGAGACUGCUGUGUGUCAGUUACUGAUUCUUUGUCUAGAAGUGGUCAUGGAGAUGAGAGUCUUAUUUUUAAUGAAAAAACACAAGAAGAACACGUGGAUCCUCUCCCACGUAUGACCAUCGCUGUGAACACUGAUCCGCUGAGUUUCUUAGGCUUGCUUAGAUUUUCGUCUGAUACAUUAAGACGUUUGUUAUCCUACAUGCCGAACUUCGACUACCUCUCCUAUUUAUCUUCCCUUCAUCUCAUGCAAGCUCCGAGAAGAGUUAAUACACAUUAUGUUUGUAAAAUUUGUGGAGCUGAUUUUAAUAGUCCUUCAAAGCUAAGUGAUCACGUCAGCGGGCACGAUACCUUCUAUAAGACGAGGGACUGCUGCGUGUGUCGUCAUGUCAUCGAGCAGACGAGAGCCGGUAUAUUCACGUGUCAGUACUGCGGCCUUCAGUUCACGAGAGCCUACUGUUGUGAGUUACAUCAACACUCCUGCGCCAAACGAGUCGGCAAGUGUCACGACGUAUCUUCUAGCCUGAUGCUGCUCAGAUAA